AUGCUUCACCCGCAAAGCUAUUUUACAGAAAAGGUACUGUAAGCACUUUUAAAAAUCUCUCAAUAAAGUUCGACUUUUGCAGGCUACAAUGCUUAAUUUGCUUUCCCUUUAAACGUCUCGAAUAUGCAUGCCCCCUUCUAAAUUUAAAAUCAGUGGGUUUUUGGUUUGAGUCGGCUAUUUGACGAAGUGAGGGCGGAAUUAGUUUGAGAUAUCUCGAGAUCACUCCGAUUUCUUGAGGAAGAAAGAAUUAUUAUUUUUGACUUGCCCGUGAUUUGAACCGACUUAACCCGCGACCCGUCGAAUCAUUUGGUUUCGCGUAAAAAUUAGCUAUAAUAUAGUACACAAGUGGGUCAGUUUUGUGCGCUAAGGGGAAGAAAAGGGACAAAAAUAAUCGCUUAAUUCAAUUGGAAAUGAUUGAAACAAUGAAAUGGUUUAAAAGAAGCAAGUGGUAAAGAAUACUUGGUUUGCCGCUAUCUUAUUCGAAUAUGGAAAAAUUUUGUUUUUGAAGAAUCUUGCAAAACUUUGAGUUGUUCCCGAAAGGUUUUGAUCGGAAAGAUAAUCGUUAGAAUAUUAAAUAAAGUGUUUGUAUCCAUACCCGCGGAGCAGCCAUCAGUCCUUGAGAACGUCUACCGUUUACAUUACAGCUUUUUGAAAGGCCAGAACAUUUUACCUGUUUCCUUUUCAUUUGAUGUUAUUAUCUAUCAAAAAACGCAGUUCAUGAUAUAUGCCCUCUCGGGGCAUGAACGCAUAGAAAAGCGAUCUGAUCGGUUCUGUUGUUGGCAAAGCAUUUAAAUACUACGAUCAAUACGCAGGGGUAAUGCAAGGGUCCCAGGAGGGAAAACGUGCAAAGUUAUGGGGCCCGCGUGCCCAUGGCCAUUUCGGAGCAGACAUAUCAAUGAAAAUAGCCGAAUUUUGCGACAGCACCACUGGUUUCCCCGCGAAAUGACGUCUGGAAAACGAGCACAGAAAUUCCUUCAAAGAGACUGGUAACUAUUCCUCACGCCAUUCCAUUUUUUUUCCCUGUUGCAGACGAGACCGGGAAGGACGCUGACCCAAAAAGGCUCUCUAGAAUCGGUGGUAUUCCAUGUUCCUGUUUUCGUCCUAGUUGUGAGAAUGGGACUUUGUGGUGGCCGAUUUGUCCGUCUGGUUGGGAAACAUGCUUUUCAGCUUUUCCGUAUGGAGAAUGCUGUAUUGAGCGGCUGUAGAAAUUGA